CCCGCCCUCUCACUGAGGGCCCUCGGCGGCCCCGGGGAGGGCUCCCGCGACCGCGGGGCCCGCCUCCUCCUCCGGGCGGCGCUCCGGCCGGGUGGACCUCGGGGCGGGCUCGUCGGAGGCACCCGCCCACCUGAGGUGCCGCCCGCAAACGGAGUCCGCGCCGGCCGCAGCCCGGGAGCGCGUCCGCAUCGGCCUGCCCGGCGCGUUGCCCGCUGAGGGACUGACCCCGCGCAGAGCAGCGGGGCCGAGGCGGGGGGCGUUCCGGGGUCGCGGGGCGCAGGACUGGGGGACCCGGACGCCCCGCGCGGCCAUGGCGGCGCCCGGGGACCCGCGGCGGCUUUACCGGCUGGCGCAGGAGGGUCGGCUGUGCGCCCUGCGGGAGGAGCUGCGGGGAGCCGGGCGCGUGGGCUGCCUGGGGCCCGCCGGGGACACCCUCCUGCACUGCGCCGCCCGCCACGGCCAUCGGGACGUGCUGGCCUACCUGGUGGAGUCCUGGGACAUGGACAUCGAGGCCGCCAACCGGGACUACAAGCGGCCUCUGCACGAGGCAGCCUCCAUGGGCCACCGGGACUGCGUGCGGUACCUGCUGGACCGAGGAGCCGCGGUGGACUGCCUGAAGAAGGCCGACUGGACCCCGUUGAUGAUGGCCUGCACAAGGAGGAAUCUCGAGGUGAUCCAGGACCUCGCGGAACGUGGCGCCAACCCGCUUCUCAAGAACAAAGACGGCUGGAACAGUGUCCACAUUGCCAGCCGGGAGGGCGACCCUGUGAUCCUCCACUACUUGCUCACCGUUUGCCCAGACGCCUGGAAGACGGAGAGCAAGGUCGGGAGGACCCCCCUGCACACGGCAGCAAUGCAUGGCUGUUUAGAGGCAGUGGAGGUGCUUCUACAGAGGUGCCAGUACCAGCCAGACUGCAGGGACAGCUGCGGCUCCACACCCCUCAUGGACGCGCUUCAGUGUGGCCACAUCGACGUAGCCAGGCUGCUACUGGAAAAGCAUCAGGCCAGCGCAUCUGCCCAGGACUCCCUGGGGGCACAGGCCAUCCACAGGGCAGCGCUCACCGGGCAGAACGAAGCCAUUCGCUUCUUGGUCUCUGAACUCGGCAUGGACGUGGACGUGAGAGCAACAUCGGGUCACCUCACCGCACUGCAUUAUGCGGCUAAGGAAGGACACGUGAGCACGAUCCAGGUGCUCUUAUCCUUGGGUGCCGACAUCAACUGUAAAGAUGCAAGAAAUCGAUCAGCCCUGCACCUGGCCUGCGCAGGCCAGCACGCGGCUUGUGUCGAGCUCCUUCUGCAGUCUGGGCUGGGGGACUCCCGGGACGACACGGGCACCCUGGCUCAGCAGCUCACGGGCCGCCCAGACAUCCUUCAGUGCUUCGACCGCAGCGCAGCGUCCUGAGGGCGCUUCUGCAGAGGACAGCCAAAUGCGUGGUGAUUCGCAUCCUGCUCAGGGAGUCCGUGAAGUCGGUCAGUAGCCAGUGGCCCUGUCUCCCUUCCCCUGCCGUCCCGCUUCCCCCCGGGCUGUGAGGAGGCUGGCGUCCUAGCUGUGUGACCCACGGACCAAUCUGGAGCCCCCUGAGUUUUUCCAUAACCUGGAUUUCGCUUUCUCUGCCUCACAAGUGAAAUUAGAUGAUUACGAAGUCGGCCUCUGCAACCCUUAGAAAUGCACGUAAUUGCAUGACUACAGUGGAGCAUGUGUGUUGCGUGUAUGUGUUCUGUGGUUAACGCUAUGGGAUAAGGCAGUGGUGAGAAGUGGCUUAGUAUGAGCUAUAAAACAUAGCUGCCCUGUUUACUGUCUUUUAUUUAUUUAUUUAGAGAGAGCCCGCACGAGACAGAGAGGAUGAGAGAGAGUCCCAAGCGUGCUCCGUGCUGAGAGCACAGGGCUUGAUCCCUCGAACCGUGAGAUUGUGACCCAAGCGACAUCAAGGGUUGGCCGCUGAACUGACCGAGCCACCCAGGCGCCCCUGCCUGAUUACUUUCCUCUUCCAUAGGCUUUUUCUGGGCCAUUACGUUGGUUUCACUUUGGUCGGAGCCACAGGAAGGAGAUGCUUACAACCUGCUUACACCGACAUUUGCGAGGAAGUCAUAACGUUUCUCUAUUCUAUGUGCUGUUGUUAAGCUAUGAUAUUUUAAUCUUGAGGUUAUUUUUGUUUAAUAGAUUCAGUGUUGGCUUUCUUUGGGUAAUAAAAACACCUAAAAAUGCA